AUGGAUUUGUCCAAUUGUACAACAGUGACAGCAUUCACCCUGGUUGGAUUGCCUCACUUUUGGGGAACAAACAUCAUUUCAUUUGCAGUUGUCCUCCUGCUCUACCUCUUGUGCAUCACAGGGAAUGGUCUCAUCAUUGCCAUGGUGAGUGUGGACCGCCAGCUUCAGAAGCCGAUGUACUUCUUCCUUAGCAAUCUCUCUUUAAUGGAGAGUGGACACAUCACAGCUUUUAUCCCCAAAAUGUUGGUCAAUUCCCUAGCAGGCAAGAACACCAUCUGCUUCUACUGCUGCAUGGCUCAAUUAUACUUCUACUUCCUUUUUGGUGUCUCAGAAUUCUUCGUCAUCUCCCUGAUGUCCUUUGAUAGGUACUUAGCCAUCUGCCAUCCACUGAGGUAUAACACCAUCAUGACCUCCAGCAUCUGCCUUAAGCUUGCAGUUGCAGCUUGGUUUGGGGGCUUUUUCUCCAUCCUUUUUCAGAUGAUAAUGCUUCUGAGGCUUCCCUUCUGCAACUCAAACAUGAUCGACCAUUAUUAUUGUGACAGUGGUGCUGUGUUGAGGAUCGCUGGUGGGGACACACAUAUCAUUGAAGCACUUAGUUUCCUGAUUACUGUAGCGGUGGUCCUGGGCUCUAUGCUUUGCACGCUUGUUUCAUACAUCUUCAUCAUCUCCACAAUUCUCCGCAUCCCUUCAGCCAGUGGACAGUGGAGGGCCUUCUCCACCUGUGCUUCUCAUCUUACUGUGGCUAGCAUCUUGUAUGGAUCAGUCCUUUUCAUCUAUCUAAGACCUACUGUCUUAAACUCUUCCUUCAGUAUAAUCAAGACUGUCUCUGUACUGAACACUAUUGUCACUCCAGUACUAAACCCUUUCAUAUACACUAUCAGGAACAAUGAAUUCAAAGAUGCAGUACGGAAAGCUUUAGGAAGGAAGUCAAAGAGCUCAUAUGGAAAGCUGUAG